AUGGGUGGGUUUACAGAUGGAGAUGCUGUCCAGGUUGAUUAUGAUCCUGUAUCGCUGCAGUACAUGCUGGACUUCUUUCGCAACGUGGCCCAAUCAAUUCCCAUGGAAUCGUCGCCCAAUGCUUCGCAGGAUGGCGACGCCGUGCCUCUUGAGCCAUUGGGAUCCCGAGACGACGCUUCUCGGCGGGCUGGAAUCAUAGUCUUGCGAGAAGACCUCGACUUCUAUGUCAUUCCUCCUCGUCCGGAUGUCGGGCAACUUGAGAUGAUCGAGAUCAAAAGAGCCGCUGCCAAGGCGUUACUGAGUCAAGGGGGUAUCUUCUCUGGGCUGAAGCGGAGUGAUGAGCCGGGUACGACCGAGGCACACCUUAUUGAGAUGCUGACAGCUGGCGGGUUUAACCAUGAUGAUUCAUGGGGUCACCGGGCGGGAGAGCCCAACAAGGCGGUGGUGUGCAGCCUUGCUCUGGCACGCCUGCGUAGCGAUAUCAGAGGUAGUGAGAUGGGCAGCAACGCGGUUGGUAUGGCUCAGAAACUUCUCCUCUUCUGGCGGAAACCUGCUAGGAGGUGCUGGUGGGAAGGUGUUGAGCUUGAGGAUGUUGAGGGUGUCGAGGGAAAGCUCAAGGUGUGGAUCAGGCGUGUCUGGACCCUUGAAAUGAGUGUUAUUGGCCUUCGUUGAACCACGAUAGACGGGGACUGCCAAUCGUAGUCCGUCUCAGUUCUUUUUUGUUG